UUGCCUAGGCGACGAGGGCUGCUUCCUCUAGCGGUAAUAUGGCAGGGUCCUCGGGAGCGACCCCAGGGGCGGUGACUCCAGCAGGCAGCACAGGUGAUUCUGAGAAAAAUACUGAAUUCCAGGAGAAUGAAAAGAUUCUGUCUUCGGAUUUUCUCUCAGUUGACCAGAUCACUGACCUGCUGGAAGAACCAGAUGUGGAUGGAAUUCAAGAAAAAAUGAGUGUAUUUCUGAAUUUUAAAAAUCUCCAGACUUGUUUAAGAGAUGCCAUUCUCCUAGACUACUACGUGUCCGGGUUCUUUUGGGCCAAAGGAAUGGACUUUUCCAUUGACCAAUAUUCAAAAUUCAUGACUUUGCUGGACAUGUUACUGAACAAUCUUCAAACACUCCACAUGUCCUUAGAGGACAGCAUCAAGUGGCUUGGGGAAGUGAUGGCGGAGAUCGGACCUAAUCGUUCACGGAAAAAUGAGGAGCCGCAUGUCUUUGAUGUCAAAGAAGCCAACGCCAUCACCGAUUACCUGAAAAUCAGCUUAUUUCAGCACUACAGGCUCUAUGAGUUUAUGUUCAACUCGACCAGGGAAGAAAUUGUCAUCGGAACCGAGCAAACCAUAGAAGUGGUCAAGCCUGCGGACUACCCUUUCCCAGCCCCACUGGAGGAAGGAAUCUCUUUGGACAUCUAUUCAGCCUUCAUAGAUCGAUCGCCAACACCGGAGAGUGAACAGAAGGUGCCAGAUCAAGAGCAGAGCCCUCAGGAGUCCCAGCCAGAGACCGAAACGGCAGAGGUGGAUCCUUUAGUUGGCUUCACCAUUGAUGACGUAAAAUCAGCAUUGGCUCGAGUGACGGAUGAGGUUUUGUUGAACAUUCAGAAGGAGAUAAACGAAAAACUGCAAGUACAGGAAGAGGCCUUCAGUGCACGCAUAGAGAAAUUGAAAAAGGCCUGAGGACUCGGUACGAGUGAAGGGAUUCCGAACUUCAGAGAAACAAACAAACCCGGCCGGAAUAAUAAGACUCUCUGGAGUGCUGUGGCGCCUCCACGCAGCCGUGAAAGGAAAGCCCUCUUUCCUGUAUCCCGACCGAUUAGCCAUGCCUUGUCCUGCCUCCCCUGUCCCACACCCACCUCUGAGUUCGACGUGCCAAGGGCAACAACAGCACUUGUGUGCAAGAGUUUGGAGUGUUCCGUCUGAAAAUACAAGGACCGUUAGGAUGGCUCCAUGUCGUUUUGACUAAUAAAUACUAUUCCUCGUCUAUGGGAAUGAAACCAGCCUUUGGAAAUAAACCAAAAACAAAAAAAAUUGUAGAAAAAUAGUAAGUUUUACCACCGGGAGCUGGACGGGCUGUCGCAUUGGUGAAGCACUGUGAAGAGACGCCAGACCUUACUACAAGGGCAAACUUGCCAACCCAACAGCCACCCUGGCAUGAACUGCAGGGUUGUUGUUUUCGUGUUGUUUGUUGUUGUUGGUAUUUUCUUAUUUAACUCAUUUGGUUUUCUUAUUUAAACCUUUCCAUGUGAAACCAAUUUUCUGAAAUUAUAUAAUGCAGUCUGAAGCAUUUUAAUUUAUUCUGCACUGUAUUUGCUGUUUCUAAUCUUGUUACCCUCCCAGGAGAACUCAUGACCUAUAUAAAAAGAAGCAAUGUAUAAAUGAUUAUUAAAGGACAACCUAUAUAUA